CCCCAUUCUCAUUCUUCUCCCCAUUCAUCUCCUCCCCACUCAUCUUCUCCCUCCUCUUCGCCAUGAGUUUUUCCAUGGAACAUGUACUCAAUGAGCGGAUGCUAGCGCCACGCGGACACAUUUCGGUGAUCAGACAGGUUCAUCAUCCGUGUAUCAGCUCGGACAUCAUCCGAUUUGCUCAGUUUUUCAGCACGGCAAGCGUGCAUGCAGCAGCAGAGUUCCGAUUUGUAAUACCCAACAGCAAGGCACUGAAGUGGACCAGGGACAGCGAGCACCCCGUUGCGAACGAAGACGUAGAAUUGCUUAUUAUUCAGGCUUGGAGAACGGGGGUGGAAGGAGACUUGUUGGGAUUCGUCUCUGAAUCGGUGGAAGCGGGACAUCGACAACCGAUCGUGGGGGAGCUCCUAAUCCUCCUGAUGCAGCUACUGGACGAUCUACCAAUCGACGUCAUCUCGCACUGCGACGAGAGCCCGACACCGCAUAUUCUCUCGCGCAGCCUGACGCCGUAUCUUCAAUUGUCGGCGUGCUUGGAGGGCGAUUGGAGCAACCGUAGUUACCUGUCACACGGUAACUACCUAAACCUUGCAGAGAUAAUCGAUCUUCUCUUCUUGGAUCGAGGGGAACCGGCGUCAAAAGAAGAGGAAGAAGAAGAAGAAGAAGAGGAAGAGGGGGCCGGAUCGACAGAUACCUCCGAAGAGGACGAGUAUUACAACGAGCAUAGUGAACAUGAGUCAGGGGCGAUAAGCGAAGAGGAAGAGGAGGAGGAAGCAAGCGAGGAGGAAGAGGUGGAACAGGCGGGGACACAUGGAGAGGACCCUGCUGAAGCCGGGCGGCGCAGGGCAUAAAUAGCGGAAGGAAGCGGACGCUCGAGCAAUCGGCGGGGACUCACUUGCCGAUUCUGGACGAUCCGACCAGAGAUCCGGAACCGCCGACAGAGGAAGAUGAGCGAUGUGCCGCAAAGA